UAAGGAGGCUGUUGAUAUUCAAUUUUGAAGCAAAUGUGAAAAUUUUAAGAAAUUUCAAAAUAUACAUAUUUUGACAGAUACACCUUUCAUCUUAUGUAAAAACUGCAUCUUGUUAAUGUAUAGUCCCCCAAAGUGAUUUAAUUUGUCACUUGAAAUGUCGCAGGUAGAGUUUUUCUUCCUUAGCAACCAAUAUUUUUCGUUGCUAGGGACGAUUUCUUGCUAGUUCACCCCUUCUGGUUUUUCUACUAUGAUAUCUGACUCUAAAGGUCCAUUCCGUGCUUUCCAAUGAAUGAUAUCCCAUAAGGCUCUGCUUGAUAUCCCGUCGGACACUGGUUUUCAAGCACUUGGCAACAUCGAGACGAAGAGUUUAUGUUUGAAAUUGCCUAUUCUAUUCUGUAAAUUUUUAUUCGGAGAGCAAAAUGAAGUUCCGUACUAUCAAAAGGAAGAAAAGGAGAGGCUUUUUUGGAACAAGACCGCAAGAUGCAGCAGUAGCAGAUUUAGGAACGGUUGAUGGAGCUGCUGAUUUAGUCGAUGAGCCUAGGCCCGGACCGAGUAAUCAAGCAGAGGUCGAUGAGACACUAAACAAAUCAUUUGAAAAGUUGGGUAACUCGUCCUUUAGUGAAAUCGAGGAGAGUCAUGGCACAAUUACAAGGUAUAAAUCUCUAGAACUUGCAUUGAGAACUGAGGAAAUGCAUCAAGCAAAAGGCUUUAAACUUUUUGAUGCGGAAUUACUCGAACAUUCCAUGGCAACUGCAUUUUUGUGUAGGAAUUGUGAAAACAAGGAGACAAAGAUUAAAAUUGUUGUGGAUGAAACGAAGAGAGAAGGCCUUGCUGAAAGCCUUACCAUAUUUUGCAAACAUUGUGGAUUUCAGACAGCAAUUCCCACAAGCAAACACGUUAGUACUAAAGGCAGGGGUACAUUAGAAGUAAAUAUACGGUCAGUAAUUUCAUCGUACCAAUGGGGCCGUGCAGGGCUAGAAAAGUUUUGUGGAGGUAUGGGCUUACCUCCACCAUUGUCAAGCAGAUCAUACAAUCAACAAAUAAAGAAACUUGCUUGCAAAUCAGUUACAAUUGCAGAGAAAGUUAUGUCAGAGGCAGCUGAGCAGCUUUUCAAGAUAGUUGAAGAGGAAGAGCCAACAAAAAUUGAAAUGAUGCAAGAUGGUAAAAAGGUUGCAAAAGUUGCAGUGACAGUUGAUGGAACUUGGCAGAAGAGAGGCCACUCAUCAAGAGUUGGAGUAGUUUUUGUGAUAUCUGUCAGGACUGGUCAAGUGCUGGAUUAUGUCAUCAAAUCCUUAUUUUGCCAUGAGUGUAAAAGUCAUGAAAAAGAUGAUAAAGACACAGCUAAGUACAAAAAUUGGCAUCAAAAGCAUGUAGGACAUUGUCACAUAAAUCAUGAGGGAGCUUCAGGAAACAUGGAAGUGGAUGGUGCUGUUGAAAUAUUUACAAGAAGUAUUGAAAAAAGGUUUUUGAAAUAUACAGAGUUUAUUGGAGAUGGGGACAGUAGUACUUUUGGAAAAGUAAAGGAGGCAUUGCAAGUCAAAUAUGGGGAUGAUUAUUCAGUUUUAAAGGAAGAAUGUGUUGGCCAUGUCCAAAAGCGAAUUGGUACAUCACUCAGGGAAUAUAAAAGAAGGAUGAAGAAAGAAAUGCUUCCAGAUGGAAAACCUGUCGGGGGUAAAGGUAGAUUGACAAAAGCUGCAAUUGAUAGCAUUCAAAACUAUUAUGGUUUGGCUAUCAGAAGAAAUGCAGGGAACAAGGAUGGUAUGAAGAACAGCAUAAUGGCAAUUCAGCACCACAUGGUAAAGUCAGAAAAACUUUCUCUUGAGCAGCAGCACCAGUACUGCCCACAGGAAGAAGCAACAUGGUGCAAGUAUUGGAGAGAGAAGAUUUUCGGUGAUGGUAAAUACAAUCAAGAGAGUCGCCUUCCUGCUGUUUUUCAUAAAGAGUUGAAACCAAUUUUUGACAGAUUGUCCCAGGAUGAACUAUUAAAUAGAUGUUUAAGGGGCCUUACACAAAACCAAAAUGAGAGCCUGAAUGGUCAACUUUGGACAAAUCGAUGCCCUAAGACAAAGUACUGUGGUGUAAAACGAGUGACAAUUGCUGUAUGUGAAGCUGUAUCUGUUUUUAAUACAGGUACUGCAUGCAAAGCAAUGCUGAUGCAGAGUCUGGGGGUAACAGACUUGGGUUCUCAAACCCUUAAUUUUUUUCGAAAGGAGAACAAAAGA